AUGGAUAGGUUUUCUAUUUCAUGGGAGGCCUACCAUGAGCUGACACAGCAAGAUGAAUCACUUGCAAGAACCUUCUUGGUGGAGGGAUGUAAAGCAGUUUUAGACUCCAGAUGUAACAUUCAAAAAACGUCAGGGAAUCGGCCAGGAGCUGAGUUGCCACUUGAAGACCUACUGAAUCAAAGAAUUGAAGAACAUUUAAGUAGAACUACUAGAGAUGGUUAUGAAUAGUUUGCCUUGUUUGCCACAAAAACAAAUUAAGAGUGAGUAAUCUCAAUUAUUAAGUAUUAUCAAAUAUAUUGAUCUGUUUCAUUUUGCUGCCGCUGAAGGAAUUCAAUCACCAAGACAGUCCAACAGUUAAAGUUAAAAUAUCAGGCGAUGGAGCUAGAAUGUCUCAUUUUAGCUUCCUUUUCCUUUGUUCCUUUCCCAUCUUAUAUGAGCAUCAACAUGUUCUCUCUAGUGCUAGUACAGUGCAUUGAUAGGUAAUUAUUUUGAAUUCAUACAACUACAAGGCUAACUAGAAGAUGCAGACAGUACAAAACAGUGCAGGUAAAACUAAUUCUGACUACGUGUAUCAUUAAUAAUUGUGACAACAUUGAAAAAAAAUGCUGAAUUCUAAUCACACCUUUAGAAUUACUAUCUAUCAACCUUGCUUAUUUUGUCACAACAGGCAACCACACCAUUGUUGUACUAAAAACAUCUGAGGUUUUCAACAACCUGAGAACUGGUCUGGCAAAUGUAACGCAGACGGUAAAAAAGUUAAUUGAUGAUGGAUUCAUCUUGAUCAAAGGUAGAAAGUAAAUUUGUAGUUAUACCUUGGUGGCAACUACAAAGUAGGUACAAUGUAUCUGACCAUAUAAAUGAGACAACCUUUGAGUUUGUUAUUUAUAAUACCUUGUUUUUCUUUUUUUUUCAACAGUUUCUGCUUCUGGCAAUGGGCAUAAAAAAAAAAGUCAUUUCAAACAAUUCAUGCAUUUGGUGCCUAAUCCGCAAAAAAGACAGGUUCUUUUCAAAUUAUAUUAUGUCUUUCAUCUCUUGAAAACAUGUUUUACAAUACUGAUGUUCUCUUUUUCUCAUCUUAAGGUGCAACAUGGAUGUUUCAUAUUCAUAAUACCAGGCGGAAAUUUUGAAAUGAAAAUUGGGCCCGGACGGGCACAAGCAAGUUGGAUGCUUGCAUCAACCAUUAUUUGA